AUGUCCUUUGCUGCUGUCCUGGCCCUUGUCGCCUUCUUCAGUGCACUGGUGCAGUGGGGGUCACGCCGGGCACGCCGAGCGCGCCGAACGAAGGAGGCGAAGCAAGUGGAGUUGUUCGGAGCCUUGGCUUUCGGGAUUGAGGAGGAGCGACUCGUGAGCAACCGGGAGGAGUUCCUGGUGAACAGCCCGGGUGAAAACGAGAAGAAUGAGCAGAUCUUAGCCUUCCGCGUCAUCCUCGGCGUGGGCAUUUGCUUUGGGAGCUUUCAAGCUCCCUGGCAAGCGCUCCCCGUGUUGAUCGACCGCAAGAUCGCCCAGGACGCAGACCCAUUUCUGCCCUUGAGCUCAGCCCAGAUCACUUUCACGCAGACGGCCAUGUUUGUGGGGUGGUUGCUCGGGGCAGUAAUGCUGCAUCCAUUGAUGCAACGGCUUCAGAUGAAAGAGGUGGUGGUCUUCCUGGCAGCGAUCAUGCUGGGCCUGUCCGUGGCGACCAUCACUUUGCCCUAUAUCACUGCAUUGAGCAUGACUCUCUUGUGCCUGGUGAGGCUACUGCACGGCAUGUGUCUGAACAUUCAAGGUGUCCAGUACAUGUACAUGCAGCACUGCUUCCCAGGCCGUGGCAGUGAGUUGUGCUCGUUGGUGAAUGCUCUUUAUGCCGUAGUGGCCGUCCUUAUGGCCGUGCUCUGUGGCACCGUGACGCUCACGACGGACUGGCGGAUCGAAGCCUUGACUUGGUUUGGCCUCCCGAUGCUUUUGGGCCUCUUUGUUGGCUUUCCAGACCUUGGCAGCGUCCUCAGGGGGGCUUCCCAAAUCUCUUUGCACAUCGCCCGUGGUGUGCCUGUGUCCAAAAUCGAAGAGGAGGCAGAGGAGGGGAUGAGUCCAGCAAUGCGACAGGAUUUGGCGAACUUGGGCAUUUGCUUCAUGGCCACCGUUUUUGCCUACUAUGGCUUGAGCUAUUCCGCUGAUUCCCUUUCUUCCAACCCCUUCAUCAGUGCCACGCUCAUCAGUGGUUCCGAUGUCUUGGCAUGCCUCUUCGCCAGCUGCGCCAGCCGCUGGGGUCUCUUGCGUGCGCAGCUGGGUGGCUUCCUCGCGGCAGCGCUGUCACUCCUGGCGUGCGCGCUGGGCACGGUGGAUAGCCCCUUCACCAUCUCCGUGGCCAUCGUGGCACGGAUGGCGCUCUCGGUGGUCUUUGUCACUAUCUACGUAGCACUUGCUCAAAUCUUUCCCGAGCGAUACCAGAAGACAGCGCUGCCCACCUGCGAGAUCAUGGCUCGGGCUGGCGGCUGCCUCUCACCUUCUUGCGGAACGCUUCCGGCACACAUCAGUUUGCCGAUUUUUGGUUUCGCUUGCUUGGUCGCAACACGGGCAACCAUGAAGCUGCCCGACAAGCCGUCUAUAAAGGAGCGCUGA